GUUAUAUUUCGAAAUAAACGGUUUUUUCAUUUGUAUUUUAUACUUUAAAUUAUUUCUUAAAAGGUUAUGAUAAAAACAUUACAUAAAAUGAUUAAUGAUAAUUUUUUUAAUUAUAAAUACAAUUGGAUAUCAUUUCUGUGUGUUCUCGUACAACUGCAAUCUUUUAAAUUUAGACUAUAGAUAUUUAAUGGCAAAAAAGUGGGUGAUAAAAAUGUAUCCAAAUUCCAUUAUUAUGGGAAAUACUUAUGAAUAAUAAGUUUAUUUGUUAAAAGUAUAUAAAGCAUGUUAAAAGUAUAUAAAGCAGUAUAUAACCUCAAUCUUUUGGAAAUAAUAUAUUUUGUGCUACAAUUUGUAACAAACUCGAAUUCUUGCAUCAUCCCGCAUCAAAAUUUAGUUUUCAAAUUGUUGUAUCAGUAUUUUAGUGAUAUAUCGUAUAUGGAAUUGAUAAAUUGUGCGUUUACCGGUUGGUGGUGGUUUCACUUUAAAUAAGAACAUCGUAACCUUGUGUAAUUAUUUCAAGAUUUUUCUGAAAGAAAUCUAUUUUUGUUAUUAAGUACGAGAGCAGCUAGUAAUUAAAUCAUAAUGUGUGGUAUUUGGGCAAUUUUUGGAUAUACCUCGAAUUUGCACUCAUAUUGUGCUAGUACAUUCUCAAAAAUCAGCCACAGAGGUCCAGAUGCUUGGAGACUCGAGUACUAUAACAACUUGAAGAAUUGUUACAUCGGAUUUCAUAGAUUGACCAUUGUGGAUUGUAAAUAUGGUAUGCAACCUAUGAAAUUGCAUCAGUAUCCACAUUCAAUGUUAAUUUGUAACGGAGAAUUAUAUAAUUGCACGAGGUUAGCCGAACAAUACGACUUUAAAUAUGAAACAAAAAGUGACGUCGAAUGCAUUUUUCAUUUAUAUCAACAAUUUGGAAUUGAAAAAUGCGUUAAAAAUCUCGACGGUGUAUUCGCUUUUUGUUUUAUAGACGUUCCCCGUAAAAAAGUUUUAUUAGGAAGGGACCCUUAUGGUGUUAGACCCAUGUUUAGGGUUAUAAGCACCACUGGUAUACUUGCAAUAUGUUCAGAAGCAAAAGGAUUGGUAGCAAUCGAGCAGGAAUUAAACGGAGAAGGAAAAAUUUUAGAACCCUUCCCUCCUGGAACUUUUGAAGAAUACGAUCUUCUCGAAGAUGGAAAAGUAAAACUAGUGAGAAGUCAAAAGUAUUUUUCACCAGGAGAUAAACCCUCAUUUAAACCUUUUCUACCAUAUGAAGAUCUUAUACCUAACGAUUAUCAGACUAAUAUAAGAAAUCUGUUACAAAUGGCAGUUAAAAAGAGGUUGAUGUCUGAUAGAAAAAUAGGUUGUUUUUUAUCUGGGGGCUUAGAUUCUUCGUUGAUAGCAGCUUUGUUAGUUAAAGAAGCAAAAAAAGCGAAUUUAUCGUACAAAAUUCAAUCUUUUUCUAUAGGAAUGGGAGACAGUCCGGAUUUACGGGCAGCUAGAAUGGUAGCUAAACACUUAGACACCGAACACCAUGAAAUUAUUUUUACAGAAGAAGAUGUAGAAAGAGUUUUAGAUGAAGUGAUCUACUGUCUCGAAACGCCGGAUAUUACUACGAUCCGAGCUUCAAUAGGGAUGCAUUUACUAUCCAAAUACGUAAAAGAUAAUACGGAAACCACAGUUUUAUUAAGUGGAGAAGGAGCGGACGAAGUAGCUCAAGGUUACAUAUAUUUCAAGGAAGCACCGGAUCCGGAAACAGCGCACAAAGACAGUUUAAGAUUAUUGAAGGAGAUCUACCUAUACGACGGUUUGAGAGCUGACAGAACGGUGUCAUACAAUAGUUUGGAAUUGCGAGUGCCUUUCCUAGAUUUGCAGUUCACUAAUUAUUACUUAAAUUUGGAACCGAGGCUUAAGCAACCUAAGGAUAAUAUAGAAAAGUUUUUAUUGAGAUCUUCUUUCGAUGGAAUGGAUAUUUUACCAAACGAUAUACUUUGGAGGCAUAAAGAAGCAUUCAGUGAUGGUGUUGCUUCUGCGAAGAAAUCUCUGUUUGUUAUCAUUCAAGAAAUUAUCGAAAAGAGGCUGCCUGAACCGUUUGAUUCGGAUAAAGCCAAGUUGAAAUACCCGCAUUGCACGCCACUGACUAAAGAGGCGUUUUAUUACAGGGAGGUGUUCGAAAAGAGUUACCCGAAGUUAGCGGGGAAAUUUUUACCUUAUUAUUGGAUGCCGAGGUGGUGUGAAGGUGUUACAGAUCCUUCGGCAAGAUUUAUCAAAAAUUACGCCGCUACUGAUUGAAAAUUAUGCCGAUAAUAAAUGUUUUUGCAAAAUCUGAGUAUUAAUUUUGGUCAUAAAUUAUACAAAUAAAUUUUUUUCGUUUUAUUUUUUUUUAUUUAUAGAAAUAUAUUUGUUAAAAUAUU